AAGCACAAGCAGCUAAAGCAAUCUCAGUGGUCUUCAAAACACACACACACACACACAAAAAACAUCGAUCGAGGUAGUUAGAGAUGGCCGGACGAGAUGACCUGAAGCUGCUCGGCACAUGGCCAAGCCCGUUUGUUACCAGGGUGAAGCUGGCACUCGCCCUGAAGGGCCUGAGCUACGAGGACGUGGAGGAGGACCUGUACAAGAAGAGCGAGCUUCUCCUCAAGUCCAACCCGGUGCACAAGAAGAUACCAGUGCUCAUCCACAACGGCGCCCCGGUCUGCGAGUCCAUGAUCAUUCUGCAGUACAUCGACGAAGUGUUC